AUGUCUUUAUUUAGCGAACGAUCUUAUGUUUCUGGAUUUGGAAGACUAGAUGACAACUACAAUACUUACUUAUAUCUGAUAAAGCAUGUUUUAUUGUGUGUAUCUGGAACUUACUGGAGCUGGUUCUUCGUCAGAAAAGCGGCUCGUUAUGUCGAAAGCCAUAUUCACAGAUUCUUUGUUCCCCCGAUUCUGAGAUACAUUGGUACACUUGGAUCAGCAUUUAUAAACACCUAUUACACAAAAACCAAUCUACUUUAUACGAAUAAGGAGGAUCGCAAUUUCAUUCACCUGCUUAAAAGCAAUAGAGCUUUACAUGCCGAUAAACUGAAUGAUGCCGUUUUUAUCUUAUAUAAGUGGACCCAGUUAGCAGACGUAAUAAAAUUGGAAUCCCUAUCCAUUGCAGAAAACUUUUCCUCCACCGAUGAUGUGUUCUCCAGAAAAAUUAUACUAGAGCUAUUCAGCACCCACCGUUUAACUCGCUUAAAUACUCUACUUCAUUAUCUGAACGACAGUGUCCCCAACUUUUAUGAAUCACAAGAGCUGGCUGGAGCUUUAUCGACAUUGAUUGUGAUGACAGUUGGAUUCCCUGAACAUUUUUACAUCAACUCUUCUUCGUCCAAAUUUCGAUUUAUAGACUCCAUCAUGGUAGAUGCGCUACGUGCAUCUCAAGACUCGUAUGUUUUUGAUUUUGUAUUGAACUAUAUCAUUACCCCAUCCGAUGUGGAAGCUACAACUUUUUUUCAAGAACUACUAGUGGAUGAACAUGUCAAAUAUACACUUGUCAGCGACAAAUACAGAACCCCUAUUAUAAAUGCAUUCUCAAAACCCUCUUUUAUGUUAAACACUGCUCCCGGGAUCAAGAAUGGUUUAUUUGGAUAUAGACUAAGGAGACAUGCUAUCUCUUUUUUCCAAAAUAUAAUAUGCAGUUUUUAUAACACCGAAUACAAGGAUGUUUACGUCAAUUUCUUUGAGGCCCACAUACGAGAGGUACUAACAGAAAUCAAGAAAAUUCAUUUUCUGCUUCAACGAGAUUCCAACAACAAUUAUGUAUUCACCAAACAAGAUUUAUUGUCUGCUGGUAUUAUCUCAAGCAUCGACGACGAAAAAACGACGGAUUUUGAAAAGUACCAUCUUAUCUUUGCUGCUCCUAUUACCGAUGAUAAUGCGUAUCAUGCCAUGACAUUUAAAAAAAGUAUUCAAGACCACCGGGAACACUAUGCCCUUAUUCGAUCAAGCAUCGAACGCGUGCAAGCUAGUGUGAAUGUGGAACUGUACAUAAAAACAUGCACACAUGCUACCACGACCCAAUGCUUUGAUCAGCUUCAGAAUGCGUACAAGAAUCUGUUGUCCAAGUUUAAGCAAUACCAAGGCCAUCUGUUUCAACAUGAAAAAGCUUUUGCGUCCUAUCAAGUCGUCCAAUUUUUAGGAGCGUUCAAGUUUGAAAUCGAAAGUGUUAUACGAAAUAAGUCCAAAGUAAACACAUGGUGUGGUGACAACCGUAUCAAGAAUGCGCUGAAGCGUUUUUUUGCAUGUGAUUCUGUUGCUAUGGACAAUGCUUAUCAUGAUCGGGAUACUACAUACAACAUUAUGAAGAGCGAAUACACAACCUCUGUCACACAGCGGCGCACCAAAUGGUAA